GUCAAUUUAGAGAGCUCUUUGUUGUGUGGGUUCAGUCGUUUCGGCUCCCAUGCUUCAGCUGUAAAGGCGAAUUGACAGAGCCAAGGUUUUAUAUUCACCCCCGUCUACACCGACCUGAGUUUUCUGGACCACACAGCGCGUUACUGUACAGUACAGCUUGUUCUCGGAGAGCUGCUGACAGUAGCCGGUACUUGUUAGCUUGCUGCCGCUGCCUAGUGAUGGCUAACGAGCGGCUUAGAGCUCUGGAGGACGUGGAGAAAGAGAUAGCGAUGAUCCUGCAGUGUGCCGGUAAUAUAGUUCUGGAGCUCUCCAAAGACAAACACAACGCCAGCUACCUGGACAGACAACUGGUCCAAUUCCAGAGCUCCGUCAGCCGAGUGGAGAGUGAACUGGGCGCCCAGAUCCGCUACCUCACACAGGUAGCUACUGGUCAGCCUCAUGAAGGCUCCACUUAUUCAGCCAGGAAGGACUGUCAGAUGGCACUGAACAGAGCAGAGUACGCCAAGGUCAAACUGGGAGAACUGGGACGGACCUGUGAGGUCAUGCUGGAGCAGCAGCAGCAACAACAGCAACAGCAACAGCAGCAGACAUGAGGGCGGAGAGGAUAGAGCAGCUGGUGGAGUAACAAUCACUGAUGUGACUGUAUCAGUCCUCAGUCUCCCCUCCUACACCAGCAUUAAAAUUUUUUUUUUUAUAAUCUUUUUUUAAUCUUUAUUCCAAAAUAAUGGAGUUUCACAAGAAAAGCAAAGAAAAACUCUCAGAAAAAAUGUUAUUUACAAUAUCUUUCAAAGAUUUUUCUAAGUGGUGUUUUGUUGCAUUUCUGGGUAUACUUUGUUGCUCAGUGGUCAUUGUUCUUAUUCACGUGCAUAACAGGCCGUAUGUGGACUCUGCUAGGACAGUUCUAAUACCACAGCUCAGGAGAUUUAUAACCAAAUGUUUCAACAUGAGCAGGACUUGUCAGGUUUUGUCUUCAGUCUCUUAAAAGACCUCUUUAAAAAAACCUGCCCAAAUCUGCCUGUUAACAUUUUAUCUUUGUAUCAUUAUCUUGGCCUUUUGGAUGAACUGAGCACGGUGGAAAAAAACUGAUCCUGGACCUUUAUACAUUAUAUGUCCUCAAUGGGAAGAGGCCUGAUGUCAGUGAGGGCACUGGAUCUAACAGGAAGACACUUCAUUCAGGCAAAGUGGACAGUGAGUGAAGCUGAAGUUUGUUUCCCCAUAUCUUUUGAAAAGUGUUAUAUCUCCAGAACCUCAAAUUUUCCCCACAAACUCUCACAGCUUACUAAAAAUGUCCUGAGUGCUCUUUAAUCUGGACUUUAACAUCAGAUCAAGAUAAUGUCGACGUCCGUUUGACAGGUGGAGAAGUUUAUUUUCACAAAAAUAAAGAAUGUGUGCUGUG